UCGGAAUGAUUUACGCUAUAAAAGACCGCUGCGACUAAGACAUUUUCUCACCGGGAAGCCUCAGUAAUUGCGAGGGGCAGGGAGAAAGCAGUUUGGCACCAUCGCUCAAGCGUCUUCUGUACCUCUUAAAACGGCACUUCUCUCUCCCCAGCAGUGGAGGAAAAUUAGGUGUACCCUAAGUGAGACCUCACCUCGCGCUUACGUCCACAUGAACUUGCGUACCAGUGUCGACUUAAAUGAAAGUCUGUGAAAAAAAACAACAUAGGAGACGACAGCUGAUCAACAUGAAUCGGAAAAGGCGGUUUUAAGAGAUUCAAAAGUGUGAAUCACUUGUUACCAUCGCUGUUCGUAAAAUGGGCAUGUUAAGCGUGGACCUCUUGGUGACCUUGCAAAUAUUGCCAGGCUUCUUCUCCAACUGUCUGUUCUUCGUGCUCUAUGACUCUGUUGUCCUAGUGAAGCGUGUCGUCUCCCUCCUCAGCUCCUCUGGCUCUGAAGCCGGCGGUGAGUGGCAGCGCAUGUUGACUUCAGCAGGUUUGCGCUCAAUUUGGAACAGUUUUCUACUGGAUGCCUACAAACAGGUUAAGUUGGGUGAGGCUGCCCCCAAUUCAAAAGUGGUAAAGGUGCCAGGGAGGAACAGCAGACGGUGGAGCGUAAGCAGCAGGCCAUGUGAUGAAUGCCACCUGCUGGACUUUGAGUCAUCUGACCGUCCCUUAGUGGUCAACUUUGGCUCAGCCACUUGACCCCCCUUCAUUAGCCAGCUGCCAGUGUUCCGGCGGCUGGUGGAGGACUUUUCAGAUGUGGCGGACUUCCUCCUCGUCUACAUCGAUGAGGCUCACCCCUCGGACGGCUGGGCAGCUCCGGCCAUGAUGCCUCAAUCCUUUGAAGUGAGGAAACACCGCAGCCUGGAGGAACGUAUGCUGGCUGCACAGAAGCUUCUGGAGCAUUUCUCCUUGCCCCCUCAGUGCCAGCUGGUGGCUGACUGCAUGGACAACAAUGCCAACAUAGCAUAUGGCGUGUCUUAUGAAAGGGUUUGCAUUGUACAAAAGAAGAAAAUAGCUUACCUGGGGGGAAAGGGUCCUUUUUUCUACAACCUUCAAGAUGUCCGGCAUUGGUUGGAACAGAGUUAUGGGAAACGAUAAUUUUUAGCCAGGGCAGGCAGAAAAUGUCUUCACUGAACACUUGAAGAAUUUAUUUUUGUAUAAAGGAGAAAAAAACGGAGGGUUAGGUGCUUUCAGAACUGUGUUAAGGUGACUAAAGUGGUAUCACUGAGUCUCCAUUCAACCAUUCCAAUUUUCUGAAGUAACCAAGAAGCCUCCUGGAUUUCCAAUAUUCCUAACCACCUUGAAAUGAAAUGGACAGAGACACUAAACCUUGACUGAUGUUUUGCACUUCAAUAUUGAGAUGACCACAAAAAAAACAACAACACAUGAAUUGUAGAUGCACUAUCUGUAACAACAUGCCCAUUUGCUAGUCAUAGAGUUAUGGCCUGCAGAAAUAACUCCUAUUUCACUUUAAAAGAAUUUCCAAACACGGAAGAAAGCACAAGUACCCAGCUUUUAUAUAAAAAGAAAUUAAUUUAUUUUUCUGAAGUUUUAAUGUUUGUCAUUUUUAAUGUGCCCACUUUUUCUGUUAAUGCACUUGUUAUGCUUUUUUUUCCCCUUGUGGACAAUCUUUCAUAUCUCCCUUUCAUUUGUACAUGCAUCGCCAGGUUUUUACAAUUCCUCCAUCCUUUUGUCUCAGUACCCAUCACUCAGAAUAUCCGCUCAUAGUUAGAUCCAACACCCAGCAUCCUCUGGGCCUGAGGGAAAGCAAAGUGGUGUGCACAUUACAAUACACGUAAUAGCACUUUGUGUAUUGGUUAGUACCUGUGAGGAAUAAUCUACUGUUAAACAUAAUUUACUUUUAUAUUGUGUAAAUGUUUUUCAGUCAGGGACUACAUAGCUGUUAAGAAACACUUUGGAUGGUCAGUGAUGCUAAAUUCAGAGAUCAUAUACAGGAAAAAUGCCUCUGUGGAGAAAGCCAGCAUUAUGUGAAAACGCAACUAGUUUGUUUCUAUGUUUUUAUGAUAGCUUACAGGAGUUUGUAGGAUAGAGUUUACAGGAAGGCUUAUGAUAGUUCUUGAAUGUUACAACAAAGUGUGUUAGAAUGUUGCUCACUGGAUCAGUAUUUCCCAGUUUAAUGACAGUUUGGUUAGAAAUUCCUCUGAAAGGCCUGUAGAAACACUCAUUUGGGUCAUGACAGGGAUUGGUGUGUGAAUGAAGAUCACAGACAAAAGGGUCCUGGAUCCCGUCUCUGGUUGGAUGACAAACCACACCUCUCUGUCCAAAACCAAAUGAACUUGCUUGGUUAUACGUUGACAUCAUUCUCUUUAAAUGAUUUUGAGUUUCAUGUUUUGUUUCACAUACUUAUUCAAUCUCAUGUAGAGCACAGUGGUUUUUUUUUUUCUUCAAAUGAGGAAAAAAAAAAAAAGGAAAAAGGA